GGUUACAGUGCCACAUUGCGAUCGACCAUAUUGGCCCAUUUCAUCUGUCCCCCUCUUCCUCCGGGUCGCACGGAUUUAGUCGCUUGAAAGAUCUGGGAUGCCAAGCUAGCCUGAAGAGAGCGGCAACGACAUGAAAAGGUAUAUAGGAAGCCUGAAUCGAGGACGGAUGCGGUGCGGAAGCGGAUGAGGGUAUAAAUUCACCGCCCUGGAAAACAACUUACUAUAGGACGGACGCGAGCGGGCAGCACUCACCGACGUUCAUCAUAAAGGCUGCUGCCAAACAAAAAAAUACGUCCAUCCUCUGAUACCCAGGUCCACGUCGACAAAGCGUCAGGUCCCUGGUGAGUGUAGGUGAACAAACAAUCAUGUCUCACCAUCAUCACCACCAUGGAGGUCGCCCUCUCUCUCGUUAUCGCGGAACCUCCAUAUGGGCUUUCCUAUUUCUCCUGGCUUCAUUUGUCUUAUUCCUCCUCGUCGCUCUUUCAAUACCAAUCAUCAAGGCCAUAUACCUAUUCGUCUUUGAUUUCGGCACUCAGCCCACCCAACCGCCAACUUCCAUCGCUACCGACAUUCGUUUUGGUGUAUGGGGUUUCUGCGCCAGCAGCGAACUGAAUCUACCGACCGUUUUCGGCAAUGACGGCCGUUGCACACCAGCUCAUCUUGGGUACAACAUACCCCAGGACUUGCUUGCCUUGACAGGACAUCCUGAGCUAGCGGAUACUGUCCUUAAAGGACUGACUGUCCUACUCAUCCUUCAUCCCGUAUGCGCAGGAUUAGCGUUCAUCGGCAUGUUCACUUCGCUAUUCCUCGCAUCACAUUGCAUGUCCAUCCUAUCUCUGUUAAUUACCAUUGUCACGGCGAUCGUCUCCAGCGUUGUCCUCGCUGCCGAUCUGGCGUUGACGAUCGUGGCAAAGGAUCGAGUGAGCGACCUCACUUCAGGCAUCGUUACUGUUGGUUGGGGUAAUGGAGUUUGGAUGGUUGUAGCAGCGGUGGCAUGUACAUGGAUGAGUGUCAUACUGCUGAGUGCUGUAGCAUGUCGUUGCUGCGGAUACCGCAAGUAUGACCGCUACUAGGUGGCGGUGAGUUGCUUUUCUACUCCAUCCUCAUAGUCACAUUGGCUUAAAUCUACAUUUUCAGGCAUACCCUACUACUUCGCGAUACCUGAGUGUUUUCUAUGACUCCUCAUGAGCUCUUACGUUUUCAAAACUCCCCUGCUACUUUUGUUGUCCAUUUACCCCGUGAACCGGACACCCGUAUUUAUAUCACUUUCGUUUGCUUUGCUUCUGUCAUGUUCACAUUGUUACCCCAGUAGCUGUUAGAUACCUUACUUAUCCAGUGCUGCUCAUCGAUCCGAAGAUUUUGCUCAUUUCCCGACCCAAAUCAUAGUUCAGAUGACCCUGAGAGGCAAGAAAUCAUAUUAUUGCAACAUGAUCUACAUCCCAUGUACCCAACCCAGAUCCCAAAAAAAACCAUACGAGA